AUGACCUUGUGUAUGCGUCUAAUGCGCCUACAAAACCAGAACAAUAGAUUUGGAUUCAGUGCGUGGGGGGAUCCCAAAAUGCGUAGGUCAUUUUCAAAGGAUGUUGAAUCCUUUGCAGAUUCUUUGUCCAACAGCUGUUUUCUCUUUCUAUCUGAACCGUGACCUCUACAACAAUACGGUCGGCGGAGAGUUAACUCUGUGUGGAAUCGAUCCCACCCACUAUCAGGGCCCUAUUGCAUGGGAGCCGCUCAUCUCAGCGACCUAUUGGCAAAUACAGCUCGGAGGGCUCAGCAUCAACGGGCAGCAAAUUAUCAAUGGACCCGUCACAGCAAUCGUCGACAGUGGCACCUCACUAAUUGCUGGACCACCUGCACUUGUCCAAAAGACUAUUUCCAACCUUCCACCAAUCACUUUCGUCAUUGGUGGUGCACAGCUGGUAAUGACGGCACAGAGCUACGUGAUUAAGGUAACAAUUUCGUAA